UCUGUCCAUUUUGGCUGUUUUGCCCGGGGAGAACCACACAGCAUGUGACUGACGCCUUUCAUUUCAUAGAACGCGUUCAAGGUUCAUCUCCAUGACCGGCUGAAACUCAGAUUGCAAGGAUGAGCCUCCUUCCCUAUCCACUUCAGCCGUGGGAGUGUGCAGACAACCCCGUUCGCCAUGAGCUGUGACCCCGGUGGCUUUCCCUGGCAGCCGCACAUCCCCACUCUGGGCCUGCCAGCUCAGCAGUUGCUUCUCCUCCCUUUCCAAUGCUUCUAAUCCUUAUGGAGCCACAGCAGUAACCAUGGCAACACGGGUUGAGGUUGGCUCCAUAACAUCCCUGACAGCGGUGCCAGGCCUUGGUGACAUCAGCAAAGAGACCUUAAAGCGGACCUUCUUCUGCCAAGCAGGUGACACCUCUGGGGCUCCCCCAACCCAGAUCCUAGAAGGACAAAGCCCCCUGCGGAGCCCUGCCCACCUGUUUCCUCUGCCAAGACUGGCCCCUAAGCCCUUCUCCAGGGAGCAGGCCUCCGACUUCAAGUCCCACGUAGUAUCUUUGCGGCCUGGUCCCCCCAGGCCAUCUCCCACUGGUGUCUCUGUGGAGGUGGCAGCCAAGAAUCCAAACCCAAGCAUGCCCAGUUUGGCAGGGCAAGACGUGGAUGGUGGGGACAGCCCCAGGAAAAGCGCAUUGGUGACCAACAAGGCCAUGUUUCUGCGUCCCAGCCCAAGCACUAGCCUCAGCACCAUGAUUCUCUUUGAAACCACCAAAGCUGGUCCCCCUCCGGGGAAAGGGCUCAGUCAGGGGGCUGGAGAGGCUGGCACGGGAGUGUCCCAGAAGGCCCUCUCCAGUGCCCGGCCAGAGGUGGCUGCCAAGCCUGCCGUGCCUGCCCACAAGCCCAUGGGAACCCUUCCCCGACCAGCCUCCCUGCCGCAGGACACACGGGCAGCCCCAUGCCAAGUGGAAGCAGUUCCAGAGCAGCCUCUCUUGAAGGCCAGCAGUGUGGAGGACACUAUAGCUCCUGCACCAGAGCCCAGGCCUCGCCCAAAGAGGAGGCCCGUGUCUGCCAUCUUCACAGAGUGUGCUCCACCUUUGAAGCCAGGCCCAGGAGGGACAGCUGGGGUGGGCAAGGUGCCCCCGACUCCUCCUGAGAAGACAUGGGUGAGGAAGCCCCGACCUUUGUCCAUGGACCUCACGGCCCGGUUUGAGAACAAGGAGGCCUUGCUAAAGAAGGUGAUUGAUGAGGGAAAAGGAGCGGUGUGCCGUAGGCCAGAGAGAGCCAACCUGGAGGCCAGAGGGGACGGGGACUGUUCUGUCCAAGCAAGGACCUCACACCAUGACCCAGACUUCCUGGAGGGCAUCAAGAAAGUCCGUGAACAGAAGGAGAAGCUGAUUUUUAAACAGAUAGAGAUGGGUGGCCCCAGGACCCAGGGCUGCUCAGCCAAGGUUCCCCCUGCAGGUGAUCAGAGCCCGAAGGAAGAGAAGGCCAGGCUGGACCAGGAGCCAGAGAAGGCGCCCGAGUCCCCUUCACCCGGGUCAGGAAGAGGGCUGGAACGUGCUGGGUCCAAGAACAGAGGGGCCAAUGGGGAGUCCCCGGUGGGGACGGAGUGGACCUCCAGGGGCAGUGUCAAGAAGCGCCUCAGCCUGUUUCAGGAAGAGAUUACGUCCCCCUCAGCAGGAGGAUCUGAGCCUCCCUCAGCCACCUUGGAGCCUCCAUUGACAAUGCCAGAGACUGAAAAAGUGGGAAUGAGUGUCCAGGAGCGGAUCAAAGGCUGGGCCACUGAGAGCUUGGAGGUAAAGCCCGAGAUCAGGAGGAGGACGCUCCAGGCACGGCCUCUAUCAGCGGAUUUGACCAAAGUGUUUUCAAGUUCGGCUCCAAGCAAUGAGUUCAGGUAUGAGAAGUACGCUGUGCUGGGCGGCCAGUGUCCUAAGGAGCCAAGUGAGAAGCCAAAGGCAGGACACAGUUUGGACCGAGCACCUGCCCCCAGUGGCCCUUGGAAGCCUGGAGUGCCCCAAAAGCCAUGCAGACAGGCGGAACACAAAGAUAGCACUAAACAGGACUCUGGCAGCUAUCUGGGUGACAGUUCAGGGCGGGCUCCUGGCCCCUCUGAAGUCACUCCAGAAGAUGAUGGAAACUUCCAGAUGGUGUGGGCCACAGUGUUUGAGCAUCACGUGGAGAGACACACGGUGGCAGACCAGUCAGGACGUGGUCUCGCAGACAGAACCUCUCAUGAUAGCCAUGUCUCUGAGCCCACACCCAGGUCUGAAAAAGGCCCUUGGAUGGGGAAAGACCCACCAGAAGUGACAAACCCCAGGAGGAAGAGUUCCAGAUGGCCUGAAAGUCCUGAGCCGGGAAAGCUGGAAAGAGCUGCCGCGUUGGAUGAUGAGCCGAGACAAUACGGCACGCCCAACCCAGAUAAAUACCCUGCAGGUGACACAAACCGAGAUAACCCCUUCCUUAAGCCCACUGAAAAUCCUCUCACAUCGCAGAGGAUUGAGCCCAGAUUUGAUGUUGUGCACACCGUGGGGGAACGUGCACACAGUGAGGCUGUCCCCACCUUGCUGGGGGAACAGGCUGUGACGCUCCGCAGGUCCCAGUUCUCACUGAAGGGGAGGCAGCUGUCACAGGAGGUCAGCCUUGCCAGCCCGGAGCACCCUCUGGAAGGUCAGGCAGGGUCUGUCCAGAGGGCCAGUCUGAUUUGGGAAGCUCGAGGGCAGGAGGCCACUGGGCCAAAACUUGACCCCCGUGAGCCAAAGGACACAUUUGGGGAUAGUUGCUCACCGCCCACAAGGACAGACGGGUCAGUGGUGAACUGGCAUCAAGCUCCUGUGGUGGCCAGCACAGAGCCCUGCACUCCAGAGGACACUUUUUUGAGGGCUGUCAAGGUUCCCAUCUGGGAAGGCCAGCACCAGGGGCCUGGGGUCAGAAAAGAGCCAAGAGGCCCCAUUUCUGCAGCAGCGAGAGGCCUACCCGGAGGGUGUGCUCAGGACCCUCCUGCCGCCAGGGCCAAGUCUGAGCUCUCUGGCUCCCAGCUUCAGGCACACCCAGAGGCAUUUCUUGUGCAGAAAGGACCUCUUGGGACUGCCAGCAAGGGGGCUGCAAGGUUGGAGCCCGAGGCCAGAGCGCCGAAAGCCAGCCCCACAGACCCAAGGAUGGAUAGAUGGAGGCGGCGGACUUUACCCCAUGAUGCAAAACUUGAGGCAUUCAGCCUCCUCCUUCCAGAGAACUCUUCAAAAGUAGAUCAGAGACAGACAGAUUCCUUGAGCCCCACAGCCAGUGCCUUAAGAAAACUUCAACUGUCUCACAGUCAGGGUCAUGUGGGAACACAAGAUGUGGCCCCAGGUGCUCCACAGGGCUGGACCUCCCCGGGCACAAAACCAGGACCAUCUGUGGAACCCAAGGCAAUGUUUUUUGCAGUCACUUAUCAGAUUCCUGAUAUUCAAAAGGCAAAGAGUAUUGUUAAGUCAGGGCCUGAGAAUUCAGUGGAACAUCCUCAAAAAAUAGCUCCGACUCCAUCACCUCAGCCUUUUGUCACUGCUGUGUUGUCUCCUAGUCAGGAAGAGCCAGGGACUUCUGCAGGCAAUAAAGCCUGGGCUCCAGGAAGAGACUGGGAGCCAGCCAUGGACACUUCAACAAAUCUGAAGUCAUUAGACCGUCUGUCCUCUGUGGGAAACCGGCGUCUGGACCCUUCUGGCAAAGGAACUGUCACUAUGGAUGCCGUGAGGACUCAGCAGGCAGAAGGCAUGAGUGUUCAGAAUGACCGGAAGGACAGUGGCAGCAGGAUGUCCCCCAGCAGUGCUCCCCAAACUCCCCCGAAUCUGAGAAGUCACCAGAGACCCAGCAGUCUGCUGAUCAGAAGGAGGACAGUGGUGGACAGUGAGACAUUCCCGGGCAAAAUGAAAGGUGGUUAUAGGGCCAAUGUUCUUGACAUCGAUGCCCUGAUGGCUGAGUACAAAGAGCAGUCCACCAAAGUCCGUGGGGAGGCCUGGGCACGCAGAGACAGCCCCACGAUGGAGCUCAGUGGCUCGCCUCGGGAGACACCAGGCUGGCUCAGUAGGGUGGACAGAGAAAGGAGGAGCCCCAAGGAGACUCCCAGUGGGGAGGCUUCUCAGAAACAGGCUAUCAGCCCGAAUCUAAGCCACGGUACCAUAACUCCUGGCUCAGGCAAGCAGCCGGCAGAGACCCUGGGGGGUCCUGGAUCCCCCAAGUCCAGCUGUCCCUUGUGGGCUCUGCCACAUGCGGUUCCUGCUGAUAGUUACUCCGUGGUGUCUUCCAUCCCCGCUGGACCCAGGAAGAAAGUUACAGGAGUCUCAGAAAAUGAGAACAAGGCCUUUGAUAGCAACCGCCAUGACACAAAGUUUCAGAAUUACCUGGUAGAGGCAAAGCCCUCUGUGGGGGAAGACCCAGGCAGUGGGGAGAGACUGACCCCCAAAUCUCCUGCUGACAAGAAUAAAGGGGCCCUGAGAAAAUUCACCUGGCAAGGAGAGGACAGUGUGGCCCAGCGGGGUGACCCCCACCCUGAGUGCAGAAGAUCAGUGCUGGACAUCAAGAGAGCCUCUUCAGAGAAAGGCCUCCCUGCCAGAGUCCGAGAGGGUCAGAGCGUCAUGCAGGAAGCCAGACAGAGGAGACGUGAGCAGCCGAGAGUGAGGACCAGCCUCCCUGGGGAGACUCUGGAGGCCGGAGUGGGACCCAACUGGUGGGCGCCGAGGGCUCGAGACAGCCACAGGGACCAGCUGAAGCAGUGCUUCUCCAGGCGACCAGCUGAGCCCAAGGACACCGACACCCUCGUGCACGAAGCUGACGGCCAGUAUGGGACGUGGGCAGAGCAGCGCCAGAGCGCGGACAGCCUGGCCCCUGAGUCUUCAUCUCCCGACAGCAGCACCACAUCCAUGCGGAAACAGCCCCCUGGAAGCCGCCUGUCAUCCCUGUCCUCCCAGACGGAGCCCACCUCAGCGGGAGACCAGCAGAGUGCCAGUGUAGACCACUCCAGCUCUGAGCUGGACUCUACAGAUGGGACAGAGACGCUGCCCCGACAGGACACCUGCCCUCCCCAAGGGUCAGAUGACUUCUCAUUCAUCCAUCAAACCUCAGUGCUGGACUCCAGUGCUCUCAAGAGCCGCGUGCAGCUCAGCAAGAGGAGCCGCCGCAGGGGGCCUAUCUCCCACUCCCUGCGUCGGAGCCAGUUCAGCGAAUCAGAGAGCCGGUCUGCUUUGGAGGAGGAGGACAAUAGUACCUGGAUGUUCAAGGACUCAACAGAAGAGAAAUCGCCCAGGAGGGAAGAGUCGGAUGAGGAGGAGACGCCGUCCAGGACUGAGAAGACGCCGAUUGGCCAGCCUCAGAGAGUGCCUGUGUUUCCAGGCAUGGAUCCAGCGGUCCUGAAGGCUCAGCUGCACAAGAGGCCAGAGGUGGACAGUCCUGGUGAGACCCCCAGCCGAGGCCCCCAGCCCAAGACACCCAAGUCCGUGUUCCAGCCAGGGGCACUGGGCAGCCGAGUGCUUCCCUCUAGCAUGGAGGACAGAAGGUCAGAAGAGCCUUCUCCCCAGUGGCUAAAGGAACUGAAAUCCAAGAAGAGGCAAAGCCUGUAUGAGAACCAAGCCUGACAGGCAGGGGACAGCACCACAUCUAAUCAACAGAAGCCUUAACUGUCAGACUGUCGUGAGCCACAGAGAGGCCGAGCUGCUGCCCCCCGCCUGCACUGUGCUCACGUGCCUGGGCCUUGCUCCAGAGCUCAGAUCCCACACGAAGGCCUCCCGUCCUCGAGGACCUGCUCAGCUCCAAGACAGCACUUCCGGCUGGGAAAGAAGCCAGGCUGCCCAGAAAUGCCCCUGCCAGGGUUUUGCUUUUACAUUAGAGUUUGCAUUUCCAUCCUCUUUCGACACCUUCUGCAUCUCAAGGAACAUCAGUGCAAGGCUGAGAAGGUUCUGAAAAACAUCUGAAUUGGGAGAUCAACUCUUGGCUGAGUCUUUCUCCAAGAAAGGACAUUUCCAAGAAAGUUCAAACCAUUUACUUGCUACUGUCCUCUUGUUCCAAGGCAUUGCCAUGGGGUUGGGAGUUUUGAUUGCUUUGACAGAUUCCUUUCUUUUCAUGAGGAAUCAGCAUUUCCAAUUAUUAAACAUACUCUCCCCUAUUCUUUUAAGUGUAUUUCUCCUUCUAGUUGGGCCAUGUGCAUAGAUAACCUCCUUUUUGUUUGUUUUAGAAGGUGAUUAAGCAAUAACAUAGCCAAUUUUCUUUGAAACUUGACAUGUAUAUAUGUUUUUACAUUAAAGGGCAGGAGGACAGGUGUGUGGAUAGUAUGUUGUGACGUAUCCAACCUCAGGUUAUCUUCUCUCUAUCCAAGCUUUUUACAAUGUGUUACUGUCACCCUAUAUAUAUUCUUCCUCUUUCUUUCUCAGUUGAGCCCUGAUUUCCAUGGGGUGGCCCUUGUCCCUUGGCUUCAAGGGGUCAUGAGGGCAGCUCAAAUGGCAGUAUCUUUGUCAAACACCAGACCUGCCUCAAGCAUCUUCUCCAGUUCUUUUGAACAAAGCCCAGCUUGCUGGAACAGAGGAGUCUUUUGAAGUCAGCCUUGAAACAAAUGCUUAAAGGGUGCUUUUUGGGUUUCUGUUUUCUCUCACCUUGACCCCACCCCCACCCCCGCUCUACCUGACUGCAUGCAUUUCUGUUGUUCAAGUGCUGGAGAUGCUGGCAUUACUCCAAACCCUUCUCCAGAGGGGAACUCUAGGCCAAGGACUUCCCGGGAGUGCUGGCUGUGUGGUGACAAAAUGCAAGACUCACCCUGCCUCUUUCUUUUUCUAUAAGCUAAUUCCUGAGAAUCUCCAGACCUUUGGGGAUUCCAGACACCGUCUUCUCUGUCCUUCUAUUUUGGAAAUCCUCAACCCCAUCCCCAUCUACUUCCAAAGCAUCAGGCACCAGGAAACAUCCCAGAUGUGCCUGGCUGGCUGCCUGCAAUGCUGGAGUUGCCAUAAAUCUUGUGCCAACCUUGCCAGAGAGUCCCCCAAUGGUGAGACAGAUGGACAGUUCACAGGGCAGCCCAUGAUUGCAGAGGGGCUUGGGACUAAAUGUCCUGGUAGAUCCAUACACAGCACUAACUAGAUAGCAAAGUAGACUCCUGAGAGGUGGAACGUCUUUCUUGUUAAAUCCAUUAUUUGCAAAUAGUGUCAAAAUUUUCCUCUCUUCUCUCCAGCCACAUUUCCAAGAGUCUUCACGUACCUCCCAUCUUAUCUUCCUUUCUAAUCUGCUUGUACUGACUCUUUUCUGUCUUACUUGUGGGACUGGUGUUGAUUGCUCCAGGUUCACACGGAUGCCUGUGCACAGCUUAGAGGUGCGGUUCAGCACCAUGGACAGCAACACCAGGCCUCACUGACCACCCUGAGUGGCCUGGCUGGGCUUUGCCUACUGGUGGGCCAUUGCUGGACCUGUGUCUGUGUGGGAACUUGGCCCUGCUCAGUGCGUUUGUAUUCUCAUCCCUGAAGUAUAGUAGUUCAUUUGUUCUCUAUAGCUAUUUGGAGAUUAAUCCUUCCAGAACUACUUUGGUUGCCUUUUUUUUGAAGAUCCAUUUCAUGUUUUGCAACAAUCUUGAUGUGAUGACUAAGUGAAAAGAAAAAAAAAAAAAAAGUCUCCCUUGGAACACUUCCCUAGUGUUCUGACCCUGACUUCAUCACUUGGUUCUUGUCUCUGCCACUGGAAAGGGUCCUUUGGUACCUGUGUGGAUGUGUAACAGCAUGCAGAAUGCUUAAUUCUUUUCUUUCUUUUCUUUUCUUUUCUUUUUUUUUUUUAGAAGGCUUAAUUCUAAAUGAGCUAGAUCUGAGCCCAAGUUAAACUGACAGGAGAAACCCACUCCCAAAUGAGGUUGGCCUGGGCAUCUUUUGCCUGACCUCACACCUUGACUGGCAAUAUAUCUAUUUAAUUCCACCUUGACGUAGAUAUACCCACUGACUCAACCCUAGCCGCAGCAAGCCCUGAAGAUCCUCAUCUCAUUUCCAGCAGCAUAGAGCUGGCAUUCCGCGACCCUCCAAGUGCAGGUUCCUUAUGACCUUGGAGUCCUGUUUUGAUCUGUGCAGUGCAGGGAGAAGUGACCAUGAUGCUUGAGUCUUGGCGGGAAGCUGGACCACUGCAUUGUGCAUGGACCCUUUUUUAAACGAGGUGAGCUCUUUGGAGCUUAGCAAUGGGUUUUCUACUAGCUUCUGAAGUCUCCCUGAAGUCUCCUCUGGAAAUCUGUCUUUUUGAACUAACUUUAUAUGCCUUAGUCACCUGUGUGUUGUCAGGUCACCUGCCCCCCCCCCGAGAUUCUCAAGUGAGUCUUACAUACAAUGCAGAUUCCUUGGUAGGUACCACCUCCUCCUCCCCCUGUGCCCAUCAGCACUUUGACAGCUGGCCUUCUGCUAAGUCUGUAUCUCUGUCCCCUCCAGUUGAUCUUCACCUUCAUGGUCCCUUGCCUAAUGAUACAUGGUGAAGCCUCAAAAAUUAAUGUUGUAGAGAAUUACUCAUCACCACCAGAGAAAUGCUACAGGAAGUGAGACCUCACUGAAUUGGGGACCUUGGGGACUUGGGGUAAAAUUGACCCGACCAGCUCUGGUUGUCUGGGAUUAGGGAAAGGACAAUUGGACAGCAGCAUCCUACAGGCCAUACAACUCCAGACAAGUUUGUCUCCCUCCACCCCCAACCCACCCCCAGAAGUGAGGAGGUUGACUUUAAGAAAGUGCUAACAAACAAGAAUAGAAAUAGGCAUCGAGGGGCCAGGGAUUUAUCUCAGUGAUGCAGUGCCUGCCUGGCAAACAUGAGGUCCUGAGGCUUAGAGGCUGAGAAAGGAUUUGGGGAAAUCCUGAGCUUGAUUUUCCUAAAGAAAACUGCAGCUGCUUCCAUCUGGAGUUGACAAACCCCUUGUCAAUCUGCAGCUUUACAGUGUGCGUCUCACGCCAUGCACCCAGAUUGGUCCCUGGAGUGAGGCAUGACUGCAGCCCCCAAUGGGAUAGUUUAAGCCAAGGUGGUCUUUAAAGCGACAGAGAGGUUUUGGAGCCUGGGAAACCAGAGGCCAAGGUCCCAUAGCACCAUGGUCCCAUGGCGUGAAGGAGUGUGGGGGUGGAGAAAGCCACCCAGGCAGAACCCAGUCUACAUCUCAGAAAGGAUCACCUUGGGCUGAGUCCCAUACUGAGUAGGGGUACCGGCUGUGUGCCGAGAAGGUGCCAGGAGCCACCCCUGUGGUACUUUUGGAAGCCAAGGCUGUGGUUGCCUAAGUCCAUGCCAGCAGGAUAAAACCCUGGGUCAUCAGCAGUCCAGGUCCCUUUGGUCCCCAUGACUCUCUGGAUUUUCUUUCUUUCAUCUGGUUGGUUCCUGCAGGACAAGGGGCAGAAAGCCAGCUCUCAGGUCUGGAAAGCCACACUAAAAUUUCUGGCAAACAAAGCCUCAAAAUCCCCACCUCUCAGCCUGCCUUCUUUGCCCACCCCUACAACACCCUUAAAUAGUUGCCUCUCACCUGGGCCAUGACACUUCCUAAUGUGACUUGGACUAGCUGCUCUGUGACAAUCCCUGGUGGCAUCGCACCAGCUAAAAAUCAUGCCAUAAUCUAAAGAAAAUUUUGAGCCUUUAAAUGAUCCUGUUCCACAUUGCCUUAUAGAUCCUGUAACUAUGGGGCUCACAAAAUAACACAUUGCAGUGUGGAAGGUAUUUUGUACUGUUUUGUUUCCUAAGUCAACAGGUACCCUAGAAGUCACAUGCUCCCCAGAUGGUUAUGCUUUCCAUGUGUUUUGCAAGAUGGGCUGGGAACAUGGAACUACAGUACCUAGAAAUACAGUGUAUAUUUUCCCAACUGUUCUUCCAGGCCCAUCCUCAGAUACUUGAGUCAUUAUAGGACAAGAACUCGAGUUGUGGGGGGAACAGCUAAGCCUCCUCCCUGCGGUGUUCGUGCAGUUGCCUUAUGAAUUCACAAGCUCCAGGACUUCUGAACGGAAGGCAGAUGAGAGGCACUUUAUCGGAUCCUGGAAAGAAUCUAACGAUGUGACUGAGAGUUAUAAAAACCUAUAUUUUUAAUGUAAAAAUAAAAGAGGAGGGAGGGCCCCCUGGACCUCACAGAGUAUUGGGUGUCUACAAGUGCUUUUAUAUUUUGUAACUGUAAAGAGGUUUCUUAUGCACAGAAGAGCAGCUGGAAACUGGUCCACUGCAAUGAAACGAGAUGACCUUUGCAUGUACAGAGAUGUCGCAUUCAGACUCUGAAAACAGCAAAUAAAGCUUUGAUGCAAGUUGUGUUGGAGAA